AUUUUCUUGUAUAGGUCAACAGACAGUUGAAUAGAGACCAUCUAUUGAAUUACUAUUUUUCUUUUAUGACACCUAUAUAAAUUAGAAUAAAAAUAGCAAUUUUAUUUCAUGCGUAUGUUUAUAUUGGAUAUACUGUAAAAUAUCUUUCGCUGUAAGGCGUAUCAUGUGGUGAUUUUAUUUUUUAGAAGUGAUUAAAAGAAAAAUACUUUCAUCAUGAAUGAUGUCGGUAGCGAAAUUGGGCAGAAAAUGCGAUCUGCAAUCAAGGCAAAGUUGACAGAGCUGGGCUGCUACGUAGAUGAUGAACUCCCAGACUAUGUAAUGGUGAUGGUUGCUAAUAAACGUACCAGAGCACAAAUGGAAGACGACUUGCAGUUAUUCCUCGGUGACAACACAGACUUGUUUGUGAACUGGUUGCAUCAAGUGCUGAAGAAGCUGCAAGAAGUCACUGUUACUGCACCAAUAAAAUCAACAGAAAAGGAAAAAAGCAAAGAAAAAUCCUCGUCUAAAGAACAUAAGUCAAAAGACAAAAAAGAUAAGGGAAAGAAAAGUGAUAGUAUAAAGAAAUCUAAGAAAAAGGGGAAAGAAAAGGUACAUCGCAAAAAAGAAGAGAAGAAAAGCAAGAAAAAGAGUAAACAUCACGAGAUGAUUAGGCCUAAUAUACCACCUUUGUUAAUGAACAUGGAGAAAGAAUCGGAACCCUCUAUAACAGAUGUGUUCGCUGGGCAAAUUUUGAAAAACCAUGGAAUUAGUCUAGAGAGUCUGAAGGAGGAAUCUACACAAGUGGAUAAGAAACCUACUAUACAAGAGUUGAAACGCCCAAUUUUGCCUAUAAUUGAUCCCGCUACAAUCUCGUCUCAGGUUGCGCCAGACUCAUCCUUGGAAACUAAUGAAAGUCAAGAAGUGCCUAAUAGAGCUAGUGUGUCUUCAGUAGAAACACCAAGAGAUGAGCAAAUAAAAGAGAUAAACGAAAUUGAAGCUAAAAUCCUAGGCUUAAAGCAGAAAUUAGCUGAGCAGCUAGACUCUAUGUCGGAUGAUGAAGAUUUUCUAAAUAUAAGGACUGAAGCUGAAGAAUUAAUGAAUGAUUUUGCUGAAGAUGUAUUUCAAGAGAUAUCACAACAAGCUCCAGUUAAUACACCACCGCUGAACACUCGCAAAUCCCCGUCCCCACCUCCCCCCACUCCUAAACCUUCAGAGACUCCCGUAAACCCUCCAAAAGAACCUACGGAUGUUCUACCACAAAUUGAACUGAAGCUACCAAAGAGACCAGUAAGAGAAAGACUUGGAGUCCGCGAGGAGCCCAAAACGAUACCAGAAGUCAAAGAAAAGGAUGUACAGAGGCAAACAGACAGUUCUGAAAGGUUCACCCCAGAAAGAGAGCCAGAAUUCCGUCCUCCGAGUAAAUCGGCCAAGAGUCGUUUAGGUGAACUGCCAGAACCACAAAAGAGAAGCUCAGCAUCUGAGAACACUUCUGAUAAAACAGAGUCAAGCUCGAAGAGGCUAACGUCAAAGGUGUCGGUGCUGGAGAACAAGCCGCGGUCGGGCUGCACGAGCUGCGCCAGCGUGGGUCGCGUGCGGCCGCGGCCGCGCGGCCCGGCGCCUGCGCCCGCGCUGCUGCUGCGGGCCGUCGCCGACGCACACAAGAGCCUACUCAACAUACCGCUCAAAGUGGAUCCGGAGCCGUCAGUAGUAAAGCGAGCGCUAGUGCUGCCUAUGCGCCGAUGUGUAGACGCACAGAAAAUUGUCAUUCAAGUUCCUGGCAGCAAUGCGCGGGUUGACAACAGUGACAACAUUAGUUUAGGUGGAGUGGACAGUGAUGAUGACAAGGCAACGAGCGACGUAGAUAAAGACGAGUAUGUUCCAACAAAAAUCACAAAGAAAAUCAUCAACAAUGACUACUUAUCAUCGCGAACAGACCAGACCCGAAAGAGCAGUGGGGCGAAAGAAGAACUUAUUAUAGACAGCAUCAAUAUUCAUAACCCAACAGUUGGCAAAGACAAAAGUACUCAAUUCAUUGUAACAAUGGACGGCUACCAUCCAAACGCUUUUCUCGCAAAGAAAUUAAUGACAGAGGGGAUCCUUAGCGAAGUAGGCGAUAAAAUUAAUAAGACCAAAGACGCGCUGUCAGUAUUAAAAACACAAGUAACAGAACAACCCAAAGAAAAAUCAAAAGAACCUGAAAAAGUAGAAGAGAGACCUGUAGUGAAAAAGCGUUUAAGCGAGAUGGGCUGUGAAGUCGAAUCAAAGCAGAUUGCGAUUAAAACGGAAGAUCAGAAAUUAACCACAAAACGUAAAUCUACUGAGAUGCCCACGCCCCUCAAAGAAGACACUCCAGCAAUUAAGAAAAGAAGAGCAUCUCCAAUUGUGUUCGAUGUUAAAAAGAAAGAGAAAGAACCAGAACGGGUGAGAGAGAGGACAGAUAGCCCUAAUAGCGAAAAUCACGUGACCUUAACGACUGCCAGUGCGCAUAAAUACGAUUCAGUACCACCAUUAUCACAAGCAGAGCGCAAACCAGUCUGGUGCCGUUUAUUCCCUCUGUGUCGCUACGGAGCUGCAUGCGCUUUCCAGCAUCCGCGCUGCAAGUUCGCGGCCGCCUGCACUCGCCGCGGCUGUCUCUACUCGCACCCACACACGGCGCCGCUGCAACCGCUGCAUGCAGCUGCAUCACCCGUAGUUGCGUCCCACGUUGUUCCCGCGGCGAACUACAAGUCAAUAUCACCAGGUGUCGUGCCCAGUGUGUGUAAAUACUACCCGAACUGCACGAACCCCGCUUGCCAUUUCUAUCAUCCGAAGCCCUGCCGCUACGGGAAAGCCUGCAAUAAUAAAUUAGAAUGCAAUUUCUACCAUAGUGAUUUACCAAUCGGGAAGUGGCGCUAUCCCGCCUAAAAGUAUUCUUUUAUUGUAUUAGAAAGUAAUAUGAAUUUUAUUCUGAUUGUAUAAAAAUUUGACUUGUUUUAAAUUGAUUAAAAUAUUAGUGUAUUGUAA